AUGGAGCCGCGGCCCAGGGUCUGUGCAGUGCUGGCGGCGGCUAUGCUGCUGCUUGGCACCCCCAGUGUCCCCUGUGGAGACUGUGCCCUCCAGAGCCGCCCUUUGAAUAGGGGCUGCCCAGCAGGGCACUUCCUACAGCACCCCUGCAAAGAGCCUUGUGCCAACCCCACAUGCACUCCAUGCCAACCUGGCUUCUACAUGGACAUGGACAACCACGUCUAUGAAAAGUGUCUUCCCUGCCGAAUCUGUGAUGAGUUUUUCUCUCAGGUGCCUACUCGGAAUUGCUCCUCUGACAAGAACACUGAAUGUGGCUGUCAGCCAGGCUGGUUCGUAAACUGCUGGGACCGAGACUGCAAGGACAGAUCUUUUCGCUGCCAACCCUGCAUGGACUAUGCCCUUCCCCGCCAUCCGUCCUACCUGCCUCCUGUCUUCCCAGUGUCACCCACACCAUCCCUUCCUGCAGGUUCUAGUGAGCUUAAGAACUGCGGGGCCUGCCUGGAUGGCUUCUAUGAACACAGGAACAACUGCAUGGCCUGCCCCACGACCACCUUAGGGAACUGUCCCAAGCCCUGUGCGGCGGUGUGUGGCUGGAGGCAGAUGUUCUGGGUCCAGGUGUUCCUGGCAGUGCUUGUGGUCCCUCUCUUGCUCGGUGCCACCCUGAUCUAUAUCUACCACCGCUGUCGUCAUGCCCGACUAGUGUCUGCGGAGGAAGCCGGGCUAGAGGCACCCAUGCCCCUUCAGGAUGCCCCCCUCUUCCUCGAGGAAAAUGCGCACACCGCCCUGGCGCUGCCCAGCAGCAGGAAGCUCAGUGCCUCCCACUUGGUAGCCAAUAGCUGGGUGCCCAGCCUGGAGAAGUCUGGCCCUGCUAUCCCUUGGGUCAAGGACUGGCUGCCAGGCUCAGCUCUGGGUCAGGCUGCCCCCACCACCUUUCACCCCAUUGGCUGUCUUUGGUCUAUCCGCCCCCCCCCCCCCCCCCCGCCCUUCCCUUCUCCCAUGCCAGCGCAUCCCGCAGGCCCAGAGGCCACAGCAGCACUGCUCCAGCCAGGCCCGCAGCUGUACGACGUGAUCGAUGCGGUCCCAGCUCGGCGCUGGAAGGAGUUUGUGCGCACCCUGGGGCUGCGGGAGGCAGAGAUCGAGGCGGUGGAGGUAGAGGUGGACCGAUUCCGUGACCAGCAGUACGAGAUGCUCAAGCGCUGGCGCCAGCAAGAGUCUGCGGGCUUGGGCUCUGUCUACAGGGCCCUGGAGCGCAUGGGGCUAGAUGGCUGUGCAGAGGAUUUGCGUGGUCGCCUGCAGCGUGGCGCGUGACCGG